AUGGCUCUGAUCAGUGAUCACCCAGUGCCCUUCAUCCACAACAUUGUCAGAUAUGGUGACAUGGUACCAAAGACCAUCAUGGGGAAGAUCUUUGGCUCAAUCUGCUCUCUGAGUGGAGUGCUGGUCAUCGCUCUGCCUGUGCCCGUCAUUGUGUCCAACUUCAGCCGGAUCUACCACCAGAGCCAGAGGGCCGAGAAGAGGAGAGCCCAGAAGAAAACCAGGCUUGCUAGAAUUCUUGCCGUGAAGAAUGGAGGGGCUAAUGCUUAUUUGCAGUACAAACAAACCCUGCAGCAGUUCGGAACGAAUGAGGAGGCCUCAAAGGAAGCUGGGAAAGCCCUGGUGUGCAAGACCAACCCCAACUUUGAGGAGCAUCACCAUCAUCUGCUGAACUGUCUUGAGAAAACCACAAACCACGACUUUGUGGAUGAGAAGACAUUUGAGGCCAGCUUCAGGGAAGAGACCCUGGUGAAGCAGAUUUCUCGAACCUCGUCCAUCUCCUCCAGCUCCUCGGCUCACGGCCUGAGCUCCUGCUGCGGCCGGAGGAAGAGGAAGAGCUUCAACGUCCCAAACUCCAACAUGUCAGUGGGUCUACAGGGCAGCCAGGAGCUCAGCACCAUACAGAUCAGAGAAAGACCACUGACUAACAGCCGCUCCAGUUUGAAUGCCAAGUUUGAAGAGACAGUCCCACUAAACUGUGAACAGCCCUACACCACUGCGGUCAUCAGCAUGCCCACGCCCCCAGUCACCACGCCUGAGGGGGACGAGUCUGCCAGCUCCACUGACUACUCCCAAGCAAAUAUAGUUCGGGUAUCAGCCCUCUAG